AUGCCCGUGGAGAAGUCGAAGGACUAUCAGAACAUGUUCGGACUUUCGAGAGCGGCCAUCUUCAACGCCGUCGACGCGUCGCUUCGCAGGCUGGAUACGACUUACAUCGAUGUCCUACAAGUCCAUCGUUUUGAUCCGGACGUUCCAAUUGAAGAGACGAUGAAAGCCUUGGACGAUCUCGUGCGGAUGGGCAAAGUGCGCUACAUAGGUGCCAGUAUGCUACCCAAGCAUGUUGCAGAACUUCAUGGCUGGACAAAAUUCAUCAGUAUGCAGAACUGCUACAACCUUGUCUACAGAGAGGAAGAAAGGGAGAUGAUCCGGUACUGUAAUGAUACGGGAAUUGGGCUCAUACCUUGGUCUCCUCUUUGCAACGGUUGCCUCACUCGUCUGCCUUCUACCACAGAUCGUUCGAUGAGUAAGAGAGAGGAGUUUGAGAGCAAGUUCGGGCUUGCUCUGGGGCGCUUUGAGCCUGAUACCAGCAUUAUAUCUCGAGUUGCAGAGGUCGCAGAAGGUAAGAAAUGGCCCAUGAGCCACGUUGCGCUUGCAUGGAUCAACAAAAGAGUAUGCAGUCCCGUUGUAGGCUUCACAACUGUCGAAAAGAUGGACGAUACUCUUGGAGCGUCAGGCAAGAUACUUGAUCAAGGCGACGAGGAAUACCUUGAGGCCUUGUAUAAACCGAAGGUCGUGUAUGGACAUAGUUGA